AGAAUAUAAAGACACAAGCAUCAAACGGAGUCCUAGACAAUUUACGGAAAUUUCAGCAUGCACAGUGCUGACAUAAGAUCAUCAAGGACAUUAACUCUCGACUUUGACAAAAAAGACCUGGAUUAUGAUGCAGAAGCAAACUUUCUAUCCAACAAAUAUAAUGCAGAUUCUACAAGCAAACUAAAUAAUGAAAUGGAUUUGAAGACAUUCAGUGAACUCUCUCUUCAUCCAAAUAAUGUAGUCCAUCGAUCUUCCAUUGAUUCUCAAGCAAAAGAAGAUGACGUUUUUCAAUCUCGGUUUAAUGAGCACACCAAUGGAGAACAAUCUGAACAAGAAGAGGAUGAACAACCACAACUGCCUUCUGCAACGGCCGAUGCUAUGGAAACAUAUAUCAAUAUAGCCGAAAAUAUAUAUUGCGGAUCUGCUACGGGAAAAACAAUUGCUGAAGAAUCUAUGCCAUGUGAAUGUAAAUACCAGCCAGACAUUGACGACCCGGAUGCAGCUUGUGGCGACGAUAACCAUUGUAUCAACAGAAUGAUGUUUAUGGAGUGUACAGCAGAGGAUUGUGCAUGUGGAAGAUAUUGUCGUAAUAGACGUUUUCAACUACGACAGUAUGCUCGGGUUGAUGUCAUCAGAACGGAAAAGAAGGGAUUUGGACUGAGAGCAUUGACAGAUUUACCCACUAACGCUUUUAUCAUGGAAUAUAUCGGCGAGGUCAUUCCAAAUCAUGAAUUUAUAAGGAGAACAAAGGAAUAUGAAGCUUCUGGCCUGCAGCAUUAUUACUUUAUGACACUAAAAACUGACGAGAUUAUCGAUGCAACUAGAAAAGGCUGUUUAGCUCGAUUUAUCAACCACUCUUGUAACCCUAAUUGUGUAACGCAAAAAUGGGUUGUUGGCAAAAACAUGAGAAUUGGUAUUUUCACAAAUCGAUUCAUCAAAGCUGGAGAAGAGUUGACUUUUGAUUAUAAAUUUGAAAGAUAUGGUGCUCAAGCUCAGGUAUGCUACUGUGGGGAGGCAGUAUGUAAAGGAUUCAUUGGCGGUUCAUUCAAGAAUAAUGAAUCAACAGUGGCAGAUGAUUCAUAUAAGAAUAAGAAAAAUAAAGACAGCAGAAACGAAGAGGACGACGAUGAUGAUGACGACGACGACGACAGUGAUGACAAUGAUGAUAAAGAAGAGAGCGAUUCUGAUAUUGAAGAAGCAGUAACGCUAACACAGAAGCGAAUGCUAAAGAAAUGGAAUAGGCGUAAAUCAUGCCAACCAUUAAAGAAUCCUGAUGAAGUCAAAUCAUUUGUCAAGCGAAUGCUAGACUCUGUUGGCAAAUCGCAUCUUGUAAUGAGAUUAUUGCGUCGCUUAGAGCUGACAAACAAAGACACAGCUUUGGGAAAGGAAGUCUUGAAAAGGUUUAUUCGCCUGCAUGGUCUCAAAAUGCUCAAGUUCUGGUUAGGAGAAUGGAAAAAUGACAGAGAUAUUCUCAUCAGAGUACUACAUGUUUUAUCCCAGUUACCCUUAGCCAACAGAAACGGCCUUGAAGACUGUAGGAUGUUUGAUGUAAUUGAAAAAUAUGCCGACUGUGAGGACGAGGAAAUCAACAGCAUAGCUAAGCAGCUUCUUGAAGAUUGGCAACAAUUGAAAAGUGUGUACCGUAUACCAAAAAGAAAUCCUAUGGAACUGGAUCAACCUCCUAAUGAUAAAAUAAGCGUAAAUGGAGCUGAGGAAUCUGAAAAUACAACGGAUUCUCGUAUAAUUUCAAGGUUCGAGUCAUCCCGAGAAUUCUUUGAUCCGGACGACGAUUAUUUUGAAUAUUUUUCAAUUGAUGCAACAGAAGAUGAGCUUCGUUGGAAACUAGAGUAUCCUCCUCGAUGCGCAAUCCCUACUGCUCCUCGAGCUAUGAUGGAUGCGUAUGCUAAAAAUGGGUACUAUGGUUACGGUAGACAUUCCAGAGCAUCAACUUCUUACUAUCCCCCAGCAAGCUUUUAUAGCUCUGACUUUCACAAUGACGCCGAACAAGCACUUCCAAAUACUACUAUUUUUAAUAAUAACUAUCAUAUCCACCAUCGCAGCAAAUCUGGCGACUCUUAUUUGCAGUUUAAUGAUGCACAAAGCAUUGAUUCAGCGUCAGUUAUGUCAUCUAAUUCACCUUCAAAGAAGCUUCCGCCUAAUUGGAGAUUCGCAUUUGCUGAAGAUGGCACCAUCUAUUAUUAUCACAGAUAUACAGGCAAAACCCAAUGGAACUUUCCUGAAGAGAAAGCAAGUCAUAUUGAAGGUGUCAAUCAAUCGGACCUUGAGAGCUUGGUGGAAAAAACUGUUCAAGACGCUGAAAAGAAGAAAACGGAAUCUAUCAGACCCGACAGUCCAGCCUCUUCUUUCACUAGUCGCCAUGGUAUAAAAUCACCACAAGUAACAACACCUACAACAAGUAGAAGAGGGUCGGGUGAAGCUGAUAACGGUACUGCUCUAAGCGAGGUUGAACUGAAGAAAGCGGUUGGAAAAAUUGUCACAAAGUACCUUAGCUCCAAACAAAAAGAAUUGUGGAAAGAGGAUAAGCACUUGUUUAAAGAAUUGGCACGCAAAAUUACACAUCAUAUUGUUGAUAGAGAAGUACAGUCAUCAAGAAAGAUACAGACUAUAAACAGCAACAUUCGAACAAAGAUUGAAAAAUUUAUAGAUUCACAUGGUGCUGAGCUAGUUACCAAGAUUAUUCGAAAAAGAAAGCAUCAAUCACCUCCAACAGCUUCAAAAGAGGUGCAACCUAUACAGCCGAUAGGCAGCCCCAAAAGCAUCAUGUCUGAAGAUAUCCAUAAAUAUCCAAAAGAUGUAUUCUCACCCUAUGCUUCUCCGUCUAAUCAUACAAUCUUAUCUACAUCUGAGAAUGGAGCUGAUUGGCAAUACGAAGACGCUAGUUCACCUCCUACAAAAAAGAGAAUGUCUAUGCUCUCUGGGCCAAAUCAAAGCUCAAUAAGUGCAGAGUCAUUAUUUAAAGAUGGACAUCAUCCUAUUAGUGAUCAUCACGAUGAAGACAAUGGAAUAAAGACUACAAAUGAUGACAAAAAAGUGUCUUAUAUACCGCAAGAGGACAGUUACGAUUAUCAAAGCCGCGAAACUAUGUCGAACGGUAGAUCCAAAGUGUACAGUGAACCAAACCGAUGUUCAAAAGAAUAUGUGCGUCCUGGCUAUGUUAAAAUAAUGACAUCUGGCACUUAUCGCUAUGUUUCGCCAUCUUCGGCGUCAACAUAUUAUAAAAGUAGUAGUAGUAGCAGUAGUAAUAGUCGAUAUUACCCUGGAAGAAAACCCUCACCAACAUAUUAUCAUAGACAUUCUGCAAGCUCAUCGAGAAGAAACUCUUCAUCAGAUGAUGACUUAGAUAGACGAAGACGGAAUUAGGCAUUGAAAGAAACAAUCAAGAAAGUACAUUAGUUAUUUGUAAAUAUCUAUCCCUUUUCUUUUUCUGUCACAGUAAUAGCAUUUUCAUAUGUCACACAUACACACUGACAGCCAAUGCCCCGCUUGUAAUGUAAAUAGACACCAAAAAAACACAUAUAAAAAGUAAUAAACCAU